UAGCGUUACUUUCAGCUGGCAAGCUACUUUUCAUAAUGGCAGAUGCCGUAUGAAUGUAAUUAGGCAGUUGUUACGGUUAAGUAACACGUAUGAGAUAGAGGAAAGUGAAACUGGCUAACGCUACAGUUCACUGACCAAUUUAACGUUAGCUUUGGCUAGGCAACGUCCAAGUUGUUUGUUGCAUCUCAUCAAAACCGUAACCUCAGUAACGGUGCAUUAAACAUAAUUUCGCUUUAACGCAUUGCAUGGUAAAAGUUCACGCAAGCCAUUCUUGUAAACAAAGCUGUGAACAAGAAAUGUUGACGCUAUGGCAUUAGUCUAGCCUACUCUAGCCAAGAUUUUGAACAUUGCAGGCUAGCAGCUAACGUUAACGGAUAGCUUCUAGUGGUCAGUUGACGUUAGCUGUUCAAUCAAGCAACGUUUAUGCUAACACAAGUACACUGGUGACCAGAAUAUUAUCAGAGCGUUUUUGCAAGGGAAUCCAAAGCCACUGCUUGUGCUUUGCAAACAAAGUCGGAUUACAUCUGUCAAAGGGAUUUAUGCGGAGAGGGUCUGGCAGCAGGCACAGCUUGAUGGGGCUCAUUCCAGGCCUGGGGGACAUGGUCUAAGGAGUGACCGGCCGGCAGGGAGGGAGGUGCCCGCGCGUGGGAUGUUGCGCUGGUCGGUGCACCUGGAAGGAGGGCCGCGGAGGGUCAAUCAUGCCGCCGUGGCCGUGGGUCAUAAGGUGUACUCGUUUGGCGGGUACUGCUCCGGCGAGGACUACGAGACGCUGCGGCAGAUCGAUGUGCACGUCUUCAACACAGUGUCUCUGCGUUGGACGAAGCUGCCCCCAGUGCGUACAGGAGGCAGGGAGCGUGCCCGAGAGGUGCCCUACAUGCGCUACGGCCACACGGCUGUGUUGGUGGAAGACACCAUCUACAUCUGGGGCGGCCGCAACGACACGGAGGGGGCCUGCAACGUCCUCUACGCCUUUGACGUCACUCCAGACCAUCACCGCUGGUUCACACCCAAGAUCUCGGGGACGGUCCCAGGGGCACGGGAUGGCCACUCCGCCUGCGUCCUGGGCAAAGCCAUGUACAUCUUUGGAGGCUAUGAACAACUGGCUGACUGUUUCUCCAACGACAUCCACAAGCUGGACACCACCAAUAUGGUCUGGUCUCUAGUCAAUGCAAGGGGUACGCCAGCACGCUGGAGGGACUUUCACUCAGCCACGAUCAUCGGGACGAAGAUGUUUGUGUUUGGCGGCCGGGCAGAUCGCUUCGGGCCGUUCCACUCCAACAAUGAGAUCUACUGCAACAAGAUCAAAGUGUUUGACACCGAGACAAACUGUUGGCUCACCACGCCCAACACACAGUUGCUGCCAGAGGGACGCAGAAGCCACUCUGCCUUUGCCUACAAUGGAGAGUUGUACAUUUUUGGAGGCUACAAUGCUCGGCUGGACCGUCACUUCAACGACCUGUGGAAGUUCAACCCAGAGGCUUUCUCGUGGAAGAAAGUAGAGCCCAAGGGUAAGGGGCCUUGCCCUCGGCGGAGGCAGUGCUGUUGCAUGGUGGGAGAUCGCAUCAUCCUGUUUGGGGGUACAAGCCCCUGCCCAGAACAGGGAAUGGGUGAUGAAUUCAACCUCAUGGAUCACUCAGACCUUUACAUCUUAGACUUCAGUCCUAAUUUGAAGACCUUAUGCAAACUAGCUGUUAUACAGUAUCGUCUGGAGCAGUCAGGACUCCCACACGAUAUAAGGUGGGAGCUUACGGCCAUGACUACCAACAGUAACAUAAGCCGACCCAUCUUCUCCUCUCACGGCUGAGGAAGGUCGCAGUUCGCCCCAGCCACUCUUAUUCAGGAACCUGGUCCUCGACUACAGUCUCUAAAGGAGCUCUACGCUCUACCCCUCCUCCGUUGUACAGUGUGGAUCUGGAUCUGAGGGUUAUUUCUUCUUCUUCCUCCUUCUCCGGAUGAGUCUAAUUCUGAUUCAGUGUUGUCUUUUUAUCUCAUGACUGGUUUCUCAGCAUUUUUCUUUUUUUUUUUUUUUUGGGUGGGGGUGCUAAUAGAAAGAUGCCUCUCCGUUUUUUGAGGACCAUCGGACAUAUUGAACGUUUGACGACAGUCUUCUCAUCAAGGGCAGAACAACCUUCCCAACACUACAGACACCUUUUAAACAAUGUUCAGUGUUUGCAUCAUUUUUUCUCCAAAUAGAAUUCUUGGAAAUAGAAAUGUUGGUCUCCUAUUCAUUUAUCCCUUGUAAUUUUCUUUCUAUACAUGGAGGAGACAAAAGGAGGUUCAAAAGUUGUUCAACCAUCUGCGUACCGCUGGAGCAUUUAAAAACCCUGUUCUCGUGCUCAUCACUUCCAGCAGCCAAACCCAGUGUUCACUCCCCCUGGAGUCUCCGGCAAAAUCCCCAAGACUUCCAAGCUUUUUUGAGUCCGGGUUCUGGAAUUUGGACCCUGAUUCUGUUUGUUUUAGUUUUUGAGGUUUUGGCUAACGUGCCUAUGAUCAUGAGCGCAAAUUUGUCAGGUACAGUUGUGCAUUUAAACGAAUCCGUCUCUCUUCAGAAGUUGGACAGCCUUUCCCCUUAAAAACACUUAUGCUUAGUAAACAUGCAAGAUGCAUAACAAAGUGUGUAAUGGACUUGUAGACAUGAAGACCCUACAUUGUUUUGGUUUAAUAGCCUUAUGAGCAGAUCUAUCGAACCCUCCCCCCCAUGCAGCCCUCUCUGAAGUGGUGAGGAAUUUGAAUAUUUGUAAAAUGCUGUUUAACGCGGCUGAGUAGCCGUGAGUGCCUUGAAUGAAUUGCGCCACGUCUCAAGCCAGGACAAUACAAUUUCAUGGUCAACCUAGCAGGAUGUUUGCCAGGUCACAGAAAUUAAUCAUUUCAGACCUCUUGAAUCAAGACAACCCAAGAAGUGAUGAAUUGUUGAUGUAGUGACUACACGUCAACUCCUUAUUUGUAAACAAACAAGGAUACAAUACAUGCAUAUUUGGGGUCUGCUACAGCACGGGGCAUGCUAGACAAAAACAGUGGACAACGCUGAUAGGCCAGGCCUCCCAAAAGCGCGCAGCUGUUCCACGCAAGUAAAGCCACAAACACACACACACACACAUAUUCAUCUGGCUAAUAGCUGCACGGGACCGCAACAUGUGAGGGCUUUAACAGAGGCUUUGAAUCCAUAUUCAAAUUUACACACCCACACAUAUACAUGUUAAUGCAAGGUCCAUGCUUAUAAACAGACAUUGAUGGUGCUUGUCCAGGUUAAGGCUAGGUGCAUGUGUGUGGGCUGUAUGACGCUGGGUCCAGCUGCUUUGUCCCUGGGCGAAUAUGUUGAUGACUUAAGAGUGGCUUUAUCGGUGUGAUGACCGGGCCCAAUGGUAUUCCUACACCUACUGGCCAUGGUUACACAGCCCAAAUUCAGUAGUCCCGUUCUCUUCUGUGACUCUCCAAAAGAAAUGAAACCGGUUCAAGUGCUGGAUUUAUGUUCAGUGUCAUGAUGUCUUCAGGUAAUUAUAUUUGAUCAACAUGUGAAUGUGAAUGCGGGGUGACUAGAUUCAUUUUAAAAAUAAAGAAAUGAAUAAAAAAUAUAUAUUUCAGUAACAGGAUAGGUGCAUCAGUACAUUUUUGUUAAUAUCAGAUGAAAUGAUUGCUCACCAUGAAGAAUUCCUAUUUGAUAUUUACAUUUUGGUGUGCAUUUCUUUUUUUAUUUGUUUUCUAUAUAUCUAUAUAUAUUGGAUGAUGAUGAAAAUAACAAUAAAGUUUUAAAAUUGCCACUGA